AUGGCCGCCAGCAUCACCUCCAAGCCAGCUCUCGACAGCAAUGUCUCUACCGUCGAAGUCCAUCCGGUUAAGGCGUCACCGAGUCGUGAGGGAAGUGGUCCGUCGCCAUCGGGAUCCAUACGCAAGUAUAUAUGGGCUGUGAUCUGGUGCCUCUAUAUGCUGUGGUGUGUCCUAGCCAACAAUUAUGCGAAGACGGCCGGGCAAUCAGUCCUCGGCAUCCCUCAAUUUCGAAAGGACUUUGGCAGCGCUUACGAGGGUAACUACGUCCUGUCGGCCAAAUGGCAGUCGGCAUACUACGGCGCUCCUCAGGCAGCCGCUGUCAUGGGUGCAUUGAGUGCGGCGUGGAUCGCGGACAAGAUAGGUCGCAGGUUUGCACUUGGAUUCAUCUUUGGCGUCAGACUCGCAUCCAUCACUCUGGAAUUCGUCUCUACCACGAACUAUAUCUUCUUCGCGGGGCGCUUCUUGGGUGGCUUCUCCACGGGCGGUACCAACUCGAUAUGCAUGGCUUACAUCGGGGAGAUCACGCCCUUACCACUACGCGGAGUUCUCACAGCUGCCGUCCCCAUCUCUCUCAUCAUCGGAGCGCUGUCAUCUGCACUCGUGGUCAACUUCACCGGCGACCAGUCCACCCGCUGGGCUUAUCGGAUUGCUUUCGUGUCCGGCUACGGCUUCAUGGCCAUUGCGGCGCUGGUGCUUCCGUUCAUGCCAGAAUCACCCUGGUGGCUCGUCAGCCAUGGAAAGGACGAAAAAGCAAUCAAAGCUCUGAAGAAGAUUGGUUAUUCCACCGACGUCGAUACCGACCUCAAGAUGGCAGAAAUCAAGAGGGUGUUGGCCAAGACUAAGGAGGAAACGUCUGGUGCGACGUACAUCGAAUGCUUCCGCCGGUCGAACUUGCGCCGCACCAUCAUUGCGGCUAUGCCUUUGACCAUCCAAACCUUCUCGGGCGUGGCGUUCGUCGGAUCUUACACGACUUAUUAUCAACAACUCGCGGGCUACAGCACCGCAGCCAGUUUCCAUUUGUUCAUUGUCCAGCAGGUUCUAUCCGGUGCGGGCAACGUCUGCUCAUGGUUCUUGGUGGAUAGAGUCGGAAGGCGACCUCUAACGCUAUGGGGCAUGGUCAUGCUGACUCUGAUUCUUUUGAUCACUGGAGGCCUUGCCGCUUCAGGCACGCCGCCGGCCAUCAAAGGCACGAUCACCCUCCUCCUGCUCUUCUCCUUCGUCUACAAUGCCACCAUUGGCGCCACCGCUUUCACCAUUCUCACUGAGAUUCCAACAGCCCGACUACGGGCCAAGACGGCAUCCAUAUCAGUGGGAUUGCAGAGCGCUCUCUUUACCAUGUGGGGCUUCGUCCUACCAUAUCUCUUCAACCCGGACAAAGCGAACCUGGGCGCCAAAGUGACCUUCAUAUUCGGCGCGCUGUCCGUGCUCUCGAUCGUCUAUCUGUGGCUGUGCCAACCCGAGUCGGCGGGCCUGAGCUACGAGCGCCUGGACGAGCUGUUCAUCGCGCGCGUCAAGGCGACGCGGUUUGAGGAGCUGGGCCGCGGAGAGCUUGGACGGAGUGAAAGCGAGGGAAGCGAGGAUGGCAUGGGAGUAGGAGCCGGAAAAGGGAGGGUGGAUGAGAAGGCCGAGACGGCUGUUUAA